CGCGGUGAUGUCUGACCGACGCUCUGCCGCUGUGCUCGGCUGUGAGUCCAGACAACCUCGGCUCCGGUUUGAGUGAGUGACCGGGUGAUGUCCGCCCAGCCUCCGCAGCAUCAGCCCGCGGAGGAUCCAGCAGCAGCAGCCCGCUAACCGCAGAGCCAGCCCGGCUAGCUGAUGCUGAUGACUGGCUGUUUUGCUGACAUUGAUUUCCAGGGAGGGAGGCACCAUGGCCGGUAAGGUGAAGUGGGUGACGGACAUAGAGAAAUCAGUGCUCAUCAACAACUUUGAGAAAAGAGAAUGGAUCCAAGUCACAGAAAACGACGAUUGGAAUUUCUACUGGAUGAGCAUCCAGACCAUCAGGAAUGUGUUCAGCGUGGACACAGGCUACCGCCUGUCAGAUGAACAGAUGGUUAACCACUUCCCCAACCACUAUGAGCUGACCAGGAAGGACCUGAUGAUCAAGAACAUCAAACGCUACCGGAAGGAGCUGGAGAAAGAAAGCAGCCCGCUGGCGGAGAAGGACGAGAAUGGAAAAUACAUUUAUCUAGAUUUUGUGCCCGUGACGUUCAUGCUCCCGGCCGAUUACAAUUUGUUUGUGGAGGAGUAUCGAAAGAAUCCGUCCAGCACCUGGAUCAUGAAGCCCUGCGGGAAGGCCCAGGGCAAAGGCAUCUUCCUCAUCAACAAACUGUCCCAGAUAAAGAAGUGGUCCAGAGACAGCCGCACCUCCACGUUUGUAGCAGCUUCUAGUGGUAAGGAAGCGUAUGUGAUCUCCCUGUACAUUGAUAAUCCUCUGCUGAUAGGAGGGAAAAAGUUUGACCUGCGUCUCUACGUCUUGGUGACGACAUAUCGACCUCUGAAAUGCUACAUGUACAAGCUGGGCUUCUGUCGGUUCUGCACAGUGAAGUACACGCCCAGUACGAGUGAACUAGACAACAUGUUUGUUCACCUCACUAAUGUGGCCAUCCAGAAACAUGGGGAUGACUACAACCACGUUCAUGGAGGCAAGUGGACGGUCAGUAACCUACGUCUGUACCUAGAGAGCACGAGAGGAAAGGAGGUGACGGGCAGACUCUUUGACCAGAUCCACUGGAUUGUGGUGCAGUCGCUGAAAGCUGUGGCUCCCGUGAUGAACAACGACAAACACUGUUUUGAAUGUUACGGCUAUGACAUCAUUAUCGAUGACAAGCUGAAGCCGUGGCUUAUUGAGGUCAAUGCCUCUCCCUCGCUCACCUCCAGCACAGCCAAUGACCGCAUCUUGAAGUACAACCUCAUCAACGACACCCUCAACAUCGUUACGCCCAACGGGGACAUCCCAGACUGCCGCUGGAACCGCAGCCCACCCCGGGAGGCCCUGGGCAACUACCAAGUCCUGUACGACGAGGAGCAGGCACAGAGCGAGAAUGCUGAGCGUGACCUGCGGAGCCGCUCAGGUCAGUCGCUGGGGUCAAAGGGCACCAAGGGGAGUGCAGGCAUUCGCCCCGCUGCCGCCACCUGGAAGUGAGGUGAUAUGAUUGACUCUUAAUGGCUUCCUGUACAAUAUUACAGGGUCCAACAGUGGGGCAUGGGGGAUACAAAAAAAAAAGGACCAUCCAGACUUUUUUUUUACUCCAAUUAUCCAACAGAGGACUGUUCUCUCUCCACAUUUGACUGACUGAGGCACACGGGGCAAUAACCCUACUGCUGGAGGGGAGAAAACCAACAAUGAGGUCAUGUUGCAUUUGGAGUUUAAAGAAAUGAAGACGGAUACGAUCACUGCCAUCUUGUGCCUAUGAUGUCAUCUGGAGCCAAUUGGAGUUCCUGGACAAAUUAACACUUGAACAAACAUCAGUGUGAGAAGAACUAUUUAAAAUCACUGAAACCAUCGUAGAGAAAAAAUAUAUUUGAAGUGUACUUCAGGUGUCCAUGUCCUAUCUACUAACAUGGAGGAGGCGAGGUUUAUGGCCUACACUGCAGCCAGCUACCAGGUGGCGAUCGAGACAUUUUGUCUUCACUUUUGUGGAGCUGUCAUGUCGUCAAUCCUUAUUUACAGUCUAUGAUUGAAACCUAUUCUGAUGUAUGCUUUUGUAUGAGUAGUACCUUGAAAAUUGUUUCCUCUUCUUUCCCCUCAUGAACAAGGAAAAUACAGUCACAUGUGUAUUGAUCUAUUAUUUCCUUCUAAAUUCCCCUGUAGCCGUCUGACCUGUGUCAGUCAUUGCUAGAAAGUGAGAUAUAAGCAUAAUGAUAUUCCUCUGUAUGACAUAGUCAUCAUUUCAAUUCAUUUUAAUUUUGGGUCUUGCUUUCAAUAAAAUAUCCAUAUUGGUGCUGCCUAGACAUGUUUUUACAUUCAAAUCAGGGGUAGGUAGAAGUAUUGACGCAUUUAAACCUAAUUGAUUUGCAAGAAUCAGUUAGACUGCAACUGAUGAAGAAAAAAUAGCACUUCAUAUGUACAGCUCUAGAUCUAAUAGUGUCUUACACAACACUGCAUUAAAUAAAUA